AUGUGUUGUUCUCCCACGUUGGAUCAUUUCAGCUCCGUUACACCGGGAGGACCCACGAGAUGUAGUGAGUGUGCGCGAGAGUGCGCAACGCUUGUGUCUGGUGCGCGCCACUCACCUGCACCUCACGCGCAGCAGGGGGCACGCUCGCUUAUUCAACGCCUCCGGAGGAGCUGGCUGUGGAACCAGUUCUUUGUGAUCGAGGAGUACAGAGGACCGGAGCCUGUGCUCAUCGGACGGCUGCACACGGACAUGGACAGCGGAGACGGCCACACCAAGUACAUGUUGGAGGGAGAGGGGGUGGGCUCCGUGUUUGUUAUCGACGGCAACACGGGCAACAUACAUGUCACCAAGUCCCUGGACCGCGAGGAGAAGGACCAGUACCGUCUCGUCGCCACAGCGACAGACCGACAGACCGGCCGAGCCCUGGAGCCCUCCUCCCAGUUCAUCAUCAGAGUGCAGGACAUCAACGACAACCCGCCCAUCUUUCCCAGUCAAACCUACGUCGCCAUGGUGCCGGAGAUGGCCAACAUUGGCACCUCCAUAAUCCAAGUCACUGCCAGAGAUGCUGAUGAUCCCACGUAUGGAAACAGUGCCCGGCUGGUGUACGCCAUCACUCAGGGACAGGACUAUUUCUCUGUGGAUGCUCAGACAGGCGUCCUGCGAACAGCCGUGCCUGACAUGGACAGGGAGACCCGGGAUGAGUAUCUGGUCGUCCUCCAGGCCAAAGACAUGGGGGGGCAUCUGGGCGGUUUAUCCGGGACCACAACCGUCACCGUGAAGCUGAGCGAUGUCAACGACAACCCCCCUCACUUCAGGCGGAGCGCGUGGUCGUUCUCUGUGUCUGAGCUGGCAGCACCGGGUGUGGAGGUGGGCCGGCUCACUGCCGCGGACCCUGAUCUGGGAGAAAACGCGCUGCUGGAGUUCACUAUCCUGGACGCGGAGGAGGCCGAGAUAUUCAACAUAACAGCGAGAAACCGAGAGGGCAUCAUCGAGCUCAACAAGCUGCUGGAUUACGAGACCCGCAACUCAUAUACUUUCUCCGUGGAAGUUGCCAACCCUGUAGUGGACGCCCGGUACCUAAGGAAAGGUCCCUUUAAGGACCAGGCGACGGUCCGGGUCAUGAUCCUCAACGCUGAUGAGCCCCCGCAGUUCUCCCAGACUCGGUACCAUCUGGACGUGUCUGAGAACUGCCCCCCUAUCUGCUCUGUGGGCCGGGUCUCUGCCGUCGACCCGGACACGGGACAAAGCUCCAACAUCAGGUACUCCAUUGAUCCACAGUCGGACCCCGAGGCUCUGUUCCGCAUCGCCUCUGACACGGGCUCCAUCAACACGGUGAUGGAGCUGGACCGCGAGCUGGAGCAGUGGCACAACAUCACCGUCAUCGCCACACAGAGGGACAAUCCCAAUCUUGUGUCAAGGGUUGUGGUUGCCAUAGAGACACUAGACCAGAAUGACAAUGCCCCGGAGCUGGACAGGCAGUACUCCACAUCUGUGUGUGACUCCAGUGUCCCCGGUCAGGUAGUUCAGGUUCUGCGAGCCAUCGACAGGGACCAGGGAGGACAGGACACGCCGAUCCACUUCAACAUCCCCCCAGAGUCCAGCUCUGCCCUCAAUCUCACCAUCAGGGAAUCUGGAGGUGUGACAGCCAGCCUGGUGCUCCAGUCAGCUUUGGACCCCCUCCCUGGCUUCUCCUCAUCCUUACUCACCCUCUACGUGCCGGUGGUGCUACGUGACGGGGCCUCGGGUCUGACCAACACUGGCACCGUCACUGUGACCAUUUGCCCCUGUUUGCGAGGGGGCAUGCAGACGGAGGAUAGGGGGAGACAGAGGGACAGGCGAUGGGAGAGACACAUGGUUUGUCUGCCCAUGCCGUCCGCCUCUCCGUCUCUCAUAUUCAGUUUGGUCACCUUGCUCGCCAUGCUGGCUUGUGUCACCACUCUGCUGGUGGUCUGUGCACUCUCGCUGUCAUUGCGCCAUCAGAAGCGAGACUCCCACUCACCCUUCGAGGAGGAUGAUGUCAGGGAGAACAUCAUAUCCUAUGAUGACGAGGGGGGAGGGGAAGCGGACACCGCAGCUUUUGACAUUACAGCCCUGCAGAGCAUGCACAGAAUGCAGCACAUGCACAACAGAAACAUAUGGUACACCCAGCAGAAUCCGCCGAGGGCCAGGGCGUACAGCUGGAGCCGUAACCCGCGCCCCGGCCUGGCCCCUCAGCAGAGGCCGGGCUCUGCCCCGCUCUACGGGCGCCUCUGCUACGGCAUCCACACGCUGCCCGUUCUCCGGGAUUAUCCAGCCGGGCCACUGGAGGCAGGGCUGCAGUUAACACAGCUGACCCACGGGCUCACCGGAGGUCAUAUUGGCAAUUCCCUAGUCAUCCAGAACCAGAGCACCUUUGAGCCGCUGCUGCACUCUCCUGAGACGAGCCCUGCUAGUUACGAAGCAGAACACAUUCUGGCGAAGAGCAAUAUUACCGACAGAAAUAAAGGCAGUGAAGCGAAUGAAGAAGCAGAUACAAAAGAGAAUCUGGAUCAGGCCAAGACAAACCCAACAGAAGCAGUGCUGGCACCAGCCGACGACGCUGCUAAACUGACCUACUCCGACCCAAAUGAGUCUUCUCUCCAAAGUCACGCCAGCUCCUCAUCAAACCAGCAUGAGGGGCGGCCGGGGUCAUCGCAGACUCAGAUCAGCACGGGAGCCACCAGCUGCACCCUGGAUGACAUUGAUACUGAUUGCUCCAUUCCCUCGGUCUCAGAGAGAAAUUAUUCAAACGCUAGUCAGAUUCACUCUGUGAACCCUCCUGUUUACCUGACAUCAGACACGUACAGCAUCGUGGGCUCGCUCAAUCCCAACAGCAGAGGGACGUGUAUGAAUGGGACGAGCAGCGGCGUGUUGUACCCAGCGGGGGUGCAGCUACUGAACACGUGCAGUCUCCAGAGAAAGGAUUUGACCCCGCAACCUUUGCCCUUACCUGGGGGCGUGUUUGGCAGCAGCAGAGGCUGGCCGUUCAGGGCGGAGCCUGCGACGGCUGAAGCCUCCAACCCGCAGCCUCUCUGUAUGGAGGACCUCCUGAACUUCCGCCUGAAUCAGGUCACCUUUGACCUGUCACAGCCUCCCUAUGACUCACUGCAGACUUAUGAGUUUGAGGGCCGUGAUUCAAGAGCUGAGUCACUGAGCUCGCUGGAGAGCGACAGGGAAAAGGACGAUGGGCGGGUGGUGGGAGGGAUGGAGGAGUUGAACCAGAAGUUUCAGAGGCUGGUGGAGAUCAUCCGAGAGAGGGAGAGGGAGAAGGAGGCGGAGAGAGGAGAGAUGCGGGCGGCUGAGGAAGCUGAGACCGCAGAGGCCGCUCUGAGCGAGCCUCAUAAACAAACAGAGAACCAGAAAAAGGAAAUACAGAGAUGGGAUUUCUAG